GGCUUUAUCUGUCUGUGAAAAAAUCAGCUGCAUGUCAAGUCUCAGAACCAACAACGAAAAGAAACUGAAGGAUCAUACAGCUGAACACAGGGGCUGCCUGGGAUGGAAUCUCCUAAACUGAGAUAGUUCCACUGCAGUUCUAUUUGGGCCCUUCUUGGGGACAGAGAGGGAGGGGAGCUCCAGGUGCAUCCCUGCAGUUCCCUGGUGUGCAGGAUCAGCCACCAGGACUGGGAUCCCCGUUGGGACCAUGUGCUGAAGUCUCCCUGCUCACCCAGAAGGAGAAUCAGAGCCCCAGAGCAGCUGGAGCUGCUGCUGCUUCCCUCCCAGGCUCCUCUUGAGCAGGAUAACUGAGUGAAUCUCCCCAGCUCAGCGCUCCUUGGGAUGAAUCUGAGCAGCAGCAAUGCCAUUCCCCAGCUGGAGGAGUGACACAUGUGCCAGCCGCCGCCACCGAGGCUGAUGCUGGUUCCUUCUGCUAAAGAUGGCUCAGAAAUGGGCAGUUCUGGCUGUGCUUCUUUUCUUGCCAAUCAAUCUGGUUGAAGCCCUCAACAGGCUGAGUGUAGAGGCUGGCCAUGAAGCUGUGCUGAGUUGCUCCAACAUCUCCAAGGUGCAUUUUCUGCUGGUGACAUGGAAGAGGAAUUGCAGCAGUUGCUGCCUGUUGUCCUACAGAAGUGAUCAGAACAAGACAAGCAGGCAGAACUGCAGUGAGAGGAUCAUGUGGGAAUAUUCACCUGAUGGUGACCCUGUGCUUCGUAUUUACCCUGUGAACCUCAAGGAUGAGGGAAAUUACACCUGUGAAACUGUCAACAGUGAAGGGACUUUUCAUUUUUUCUCUUCUCUGACUGUGAUAGUCCCUCCUACGGUGACUCUGACCCAUGACAAGAGCAGGGUGGCUGUCUGUCAGGCAUCUGCAGGAAAGCCAGCUGCUGACAUCUCCUGGAUCCCUGCAAGCAAUCACAGCUCUGAGGAAGAAUUCCAUCACCCCAAUGGAACAGUCACCAGAGUGAGCUAUUUUGGCUGGACCAGCAGCUCAUUUCCCUCUGUCACCUGCCUGGUGACUCACCCAGCCGUGAACCAGACUCUGGUGAUGGACCUGAGAUACACUUCCCAUAGGCUUCUCUACAUCCUGAUAGGAGCAGCUGCAGGUGUCAGUGCUGUCACUGGUGUCACUUUAUGCUUGAUUUUCAGGUGCAGAGCUUGCUGGUUAUGCAAAUGGACACGGCAGAGCAUGACAAUUAGAACCUACCAGUGCCCACCUUCACGUGUGAGAAGAGAAGCAGUCCAACCUCCUCAAUUUCCAGAGAAAAUCUAUGAGAAUUACAGCCCAAGAUCUGUUUACAUGUGCUUAUAACAGUGUAGGCACAAGUAGCCAGCUCAGCUACCAAUGAUGCUCAGCUACUUGAACUUGUAUUUCAACUCUGAAGCCUCAGAACUAACCCACAAAAGCCUUUGUCUUUCCUGACCUGACAGUGGUGGGGCACAAAGGACCAUUUAGUAAGUUUUUUUUCUCUAAAUAUCAGUACAGCUCUAGAAAAAGUUGGAACUUUUAAAGAUUGAAUUAGGGAAAUACCUUAAUUUUGUUUGAAAGUGACUCUGAUGUAUGUGUUGCCUUUCCUCAGAAAAAUAAUGGACAUAUUUCUAUGCCAGAGUAAAAGACUGCUGGUGUAAAGACAGCACUUUUCUUUCCAUUUUGGCAACUGAAUUCUCUUUAAAGUUGUGUGUUGGAAACUGGAAAGUGGCAUGAGUGACCUCAAAACACAGAAGGUCAAAGCAAUACAUCUAGCAGAAAUGCAAAACCAGGAGAGUUUUAGGAGUUUUUUUGUUGUUUUAUUUUCUGGGUAGAUGGUUGCACAUGACAGAUGAUGAUCUAGUAUUUGACAUCUUUAUUUUUUAAUUUUUAACAUAUUUAUUUUUCAAUUAAUCCUCUGUUUGCAUUGAUAAUUGAUGGAAAAUAAAACCAAUUUGAUAUUAUACUGGAUAUGGAAAUGAGAAAUAUCAUGGACAAUUUUUGGACACUCUUUAAGUAAAGGUUGAAAGUAUUUUGUAGCUCUAGUGAAAUCUGCAGCAGUGCCUUAGUCCAAGGUGCUGUUGAGGGUCACUUGUGACUUGAAGCUUCUGAAAUAGAGGGAAGAUCUCUUGUUGCUUAAGGAACUGCCCAGUCAGGUCUAAACUUGGAUUUCUGGGCUGGUGUUUCUUAGUGUGGUGAGCGUGGAUUGUUUUUAUGGACAGCUACAGCAAUCUGUGCCUUUGUUAGAAGAUGAAUCACUGCAGCCAGACCAAAGGAUGACAGGGCUGUUAAAAUCAAGAGAGGUAGGCUGUGGAGCAGUCUGCUUCUGGGAAUCACAGUGCAUGUGUGCUGUGAUGAUUAGGGUGUAAUGUGGGACCUUUUCUUAAUUCCUUUGCAACAAGUGAAAUGUUGAAGGGUGAGAUCUAAUGGAGACAGAAAAGACAGAACCUAGACAGGGAGAUAUGGUAUGUGUGGGGGAAAAUUCUCUGAAGCUAUCUGUGAUAAUUUGUCCUGGCUGAAAAUUAUGGUUUUCACACUCAAAACUUUUAUUUUCACUUUUAAUUUGUGUUUGGUGGAAUUGGUCCAGUCACCUAAAAUGUGUCAGCACUUCAUUAAUGUAGAAAUUCUGAGCAGACUUGGUACUGAAACAAGGUUCUCUGGCAAUGACAUGGACUAUCCCAGAAUAAAAUUGGAUCUUAUGCUUUUUAGACUUGUUGUGUAUGAUUAAUAAAAGUAUCAGGCCAAAGAGAAUUAAUGUGGUUGUAAGAAAGGCUGGGACAUCAAUAAAGCUUCUAUAGGUCCUUUCACUGUUGGCUGUGAUGAAGGGCAGGGUUUUGUCAAAUGUGGAACUCCUGCUGUGGGCUAUGGUGGCUUCUCUCUGCCUGCCAUGACCAGAGCUGUGUGUGCCCUGCUCCUUGGGCUGAUGAACUGAUCUGUUGAAUAUUUGAGAAUCAGAAAUAAGUCACUUAAAUAUUUUCUGUCAUGCUGCUUUUGUAUGGAAUAGGCUUGUUGCAACUGAAAGAAUAACGCAAAUUGUGCAUUUGGUGUCUCAAAAAUAAACAACUUGAAUUUUUUUAUUGAGUAUAUUUAUCAUGAUCCUCUCCCCCUUUAAUUUUAAGUACACUUUUGGUGACCCUAUACUCUUUUUAUUUGCACUGAAAUGUAAUUUAAUCAAGGCAGGUAUUUUAGACUGACAAAAUGUGUAGGAAAAUGCUGACUGUUUGUUGAAUAAUCAUUGUGAGAGAGCUACUAAAAAGUGAUGGAAAUUGGAGUGAACUAUUUGCACAUUGUGACAAGAAAAAAAAAUAUUUAAAAGCCUGGGAGCAUGACACUGCUGUUUCAGAUUGACUGUUAGUCAAAUGCACAGUUGACUGAAUGUCACUUGAGCUUUUUAGCACCAGAUGUGAUUAUAGAUGAAAAUGCUCCUGUUUAUUGUGUGGAUUUUCACUCACAUUGUUCAUAGGACACUCUUUGUUAUAAUGAUGAUGUCUGCUUUCUGAUUAAUCUAUGAACAAUUUGUCUUCUGGAAAUAGCAGGUGUUGUGAUGCCUCUUUCUCUUCAUUGAAUAUGGAAAAAAAUGGUGACAAAGCGUUAUGUUUAGAGCCUCAUAAACUGGAAUGUGACUUGAGAUUAUGAGCAAUAUUUGUUUAAAAUAACAAAUUUCAACACCAGCAUUGAAAUGAAAGUAAACAAAUUUCCUACAGACUCUGGAAAUGAAGCAGAUGUCCAAAGGGUAUUUGCCAGUUCAGUGAAAAGCUCAGGGUUCCUAAAUUUGAAGUUGCAGCUAUAAAUUUUAUCUAACCUUCCUGGCAUCAAUUUGUCACAGCUUUUCUUCUCUGAUGAGAAAAUAAUGCUUUCCUUGCUUCUCCUCGAGCAACUGUAACACCUGUGAUGUCUUUGUGACCUGGUCUUUCUGACUUUGUAGUCUUUGCUGUUAAUGAUAAGUUGUCAGCUCCUUGAUUUUGUGUCUACAAUCUGUACACGCCUGUCAUGGGCUGGAGGCAGUGAAGAACUCAGGAAUUAACCAAGUGGGACUUAUUUUACAUUUCCUAUGACUUCUCUGCCAUGCCAUAGUUUGUACUUUUGCUCUUAAUGGUGCUUCUUUAAGCAAGUACCUACUUUUCUCUUCUUUCCCAAUCUUUUCAUGCACUAGUUUUCUCAGUUUAUUGAUUUUUAUGUUCUCUAAGAAUUUUAUUGUCUAGUUUUAUUUCUUUCUCUUUUUGGCAUCAAAUCCAAUUUUAUUCUUCGUCCUUUUGUUGCCUUUUGUAUGUGUGCAAGAAGAGGUUUCAAAUAGUAACUUGUUUUGGAAUUUUUUAGUGCUUUUCACUGAACUUCUCCAUAGAGACAUACUUACUCCAGGUCUCCAUCACUUUUUAAUUUUUUCCCCCAAUGCAUAAUACGAAAUUAAUUACUCUUGAUGAGAAACAUCUUCUGUUCUCAGAUUUCUGUGAAUCUAAGCUCACUUACCAAAUCCAAAUGUAUAAACAUGCAGCAUUUUGUUUGUUCUUGGCUGACAUCUGUCCUACAGAAUCAUAGAAUUGUUAAGGUUGGAAAUAACUUCUGAGAUCAUCAAGUCCAACCAUUAACACAGCACCAUCGUGGUCACAACUAAACUGUGUUCCUGUAUGACACAUUUACAUGUUUUUGAACACAUCCAGGGAUGGUGAUUUCACCACUUCCCUGGGCAGCUUGUUACAAUGCCUGCCAGCUUCUCAGUGAAGAAGCUUUUCUGAAUAUUUAAUAUACUCUGCAGCACCUGUGAGAAAAGUGUGAGAGGAACAGCCCUGCAGACACCAAGGUCAGUGGAGAAGGAGGGCAGGAGGUGCUCCAGGUGCCAAAGCUGAGAUUCCCUGCAGCCCAUGGUGAGGCAGCUGUGCCCCAGCAGCCCAGGGGGUCCAUGGAAGAGCAGAUUUCCACCUGCAGCUCAUGAGGAUCCCAUCCUGGAAGACACUUCUGGCAGGAGCUGUGACCCUGGAGAGGGAUUUGUGCAGCAGCAGGUUUUCUGGCAGAAACCACCCUGGAGCAGUCUGCUCCUGAAGGACUGCAUCCCAUGGAAAGGACCCAUGCUGGAGCAGUUCAUGCAGAACUUCACCAGGAGUUCCUGAAGGACUCUGUCCCAUGGGAAGGACCUUGCUGGAACAGAGGAACUGUGUGAAGGAGUGGUGGAGGUGAAGAGGUCUGAACUGACCCCCAUUCCCCACUCCUCUGAAUUGCUGGGGAAUAUGAGGUAAAUCUGUGAACAAGAGGGAGUGAGAGCAAAGGUGGUUUCAAUUUUGUUUUUUAUUUGUCAUUAUCCUAUGCUGUUAUUAAUUGCUAAUAAAUGAAAUUAACUUCUCUAA